AUGAGGUACCUUGUAGAAGUUGUGGAGAAGAUCGGGCAUAUUGAAAGCGCCCACAUUGAAGGAAGUAAUGAGCCAUCUUGCCAGGAGUUCAAGCUUGAAAAGAGGCAUCUUAGUUUUCCCACGCGUUCAAGAACUUUGCAUGCUGAUGAUAUUGGGUGUAACAUUCAAAGUUGCUUCUGUGGGAUUUGUCAUUCCGAUUUGCACCAGCUCCGCAAUGAAUGGCAUAACACCCAAUACCCAGUUGUCCCAAGGCAUGAAAUCGUUGGGACAGCAACUAAAGUGGGAAAAGAAGUAAAGAAAUUUGUGGUGAGGAAUGUUGGAGUGGGGUGCCUGGUGUGCAGUUGCUAUAGCUAUGACAGCUGUGAAAAAGGGUUAGAGAAAUACUGUGAAAAAGUUGUCUUGACCUACAAUUCUAUGGAUGUAGAUGGGUCUAUCACCUAUGGAGGCUACUCAUGUUUAAUGGUCUGCGAUUAGAAGUUUGUAAUUAAGGUGCCAGAAAGCCUACCAUUUGAUGCGGCUGCCCCAUUAUUAUGUGCUGGAAUAACUAUUUAGAGCCCCAUGAAGUAUUUUGGAAUGACAGAGAAAGGAAAUCGUUUGGGCAUAGUGGGUCUUGGAGGCCUGGGUCACAUGGCCGCAAAAUUUGGCAAAUCUUUUGGCUUGCAUGUGACCGUUAUUAGUACAUUCAAAUGCAAAGUUAUAUGGCAUAGAUCGAAUGGUAAAAAGAACAUUGUAACAGGAGGCGCUAUAGCUUCUAUGAUUCUUUCAAACAGCACAGGGAACAGCAAGAUGAACAUGUAAAUUUGGCUCGUAUAAAGUUGGAAAUUGUUGAACCAAGUGAUUUCAGAUGCCAAAAUAAAUGUAUUAAUGCUGGCAGAGCAUAUAGAAGACUUGUAUCAUAAACCUAAUUUGUGUAGCGUAUAGAAGACUUGGUAAUUAUAAACCUAAUUUGUGUAUCAUCAUAUUUGUUUAAUGAAUACUUGUCAACAUAUUCACUCUCAA